UUAAAUAUGGUUAGUUUUUUAUUAAGUCAAGUAUUCAAACUUAUAGAUAACAAUAAGUAACAAAAAUAAAAAUAAAAACAAUUGUUAAGUUUUAUUGUGUGUGCAAAUCAACAACAAAAAAAUAUUUUUCAUUUAAAAAUGAAUAUAAAUAAUGAUAUAGUAAUCAGUGGUAUGAGUGGUCGGUUCCCAUUAUCUGAUAAUAUCGAUGAAUUUGCUGACAAUCUAUACAAUGGUAUCGAUAUGGUUACCGAUGCCGAUGACGGUGAUUGUCGAUGGCCUAAAGAUUUAUACGGAAUUAAUUCAAGACAAGGAAAGGUUAGGGACUUUGACCGCUUCGAUGUGUUUUUCUUCGGUAUUACUGAACAACUGAUGGAAAUUGAUCCGCAAUCGCGUAAACUAUUGGAGACCACAUACGAGGCCAUUGUCGACGCCGGUAUAAAUCCGAGUUCAUUGAGCGGCACGAAAACCGGUGUCUAUAUCGGUGUGUCGACCUAUGCUAUGACCGAUAGCUAUCCCGAAGAGAUACAGCCGGACAUUAUGGCGAGUAGACAGUCGACAAUGUUGCAGAUUGUGGGCAAUUCAAAGUCUAUGUACGCCAACCGGAUAUCCUAUGUUUUUAACUUUAAGGGACCGUCGCUUAUGACUGAUACGGCCUGUUCGGCCAGUAUUGUGGCCUUUAAUUUGGCCAUAAAUGACUUGAAAUUAGGCAAUGUUGACUACGCUGUGGUCGGCGGCACUCAUAUGACAUUUGAACCGUUUAUCGUCCAAAUGUCUCAGGAGAUCAGUGUUUGUUCACCGCGUGGCCUGUCGUCGGUGUUAGACCAGGAGGCAGAUGGCUUUGUCAAGGGUGACGCCAUUGCCUGUCUAUUCCUCCAGAGACGACCCGAGGCUCGCCGUAUCUAUGCCUCAGUGUUGGCCAGUCGUGUCAAUGUUGACGGCAAGAAAACCAAAGGCAUGUUCUUUCCAUCGACAGAAGCACAACAAGAUCUGAUGAUUAUGACCUACAAAGAGGCUAAUGUGGAUCCAUUGAAAGUCAACUAUUUUGAAGCUCAUUGUACGGGAACCAGAGUGGGCGAUCCUCAAGAGGUUAAGGCCAUCUAUAAUGCCUACUGUUCGACACCUAAUCGUAUAGGAUAUCUACCGCUUGGUCUACUCAAGAGUAGUACGGGUCAUACGGAAGCGGCAUCGGGUGUAUCGGCAAUCAUUAAGACAUGUCUAGUAUUUGAAAACGAGUUAAUACCGGCUAAUAUUAAUCUGAAAACAAUAAAAAAUGAAUGCAAACACUACUGUCCACCACUGUAUCCCAAUACUGAACCAUUGGCCUAUGAGCCAGCCAUUGCCGGCAUAAAUAACUUUGGCAUUGGAGGUGCCAACGGACACGUACUCAUUGAAUGUAAUUAUAAGUUGGCCGACGAUAAAGGCCUGGAUAUUGCCGAACCCAUACCGCGUAUUGUAAACAUCUGCGGCCGCACUGAAGCCGCCAUUCAACACGUGUUUGAAUUUAUCGAAAAAAAUCCUCACAAAAUCACGCGCGACUUUUUAGCCCUUUUGACCGAUACUAUGAAAGUCAGUCCCAGUGUUAAUUCAUCUGGAUUUCCCUACAGAGGAUCAAUUAUUUUAAAGAAAUUAAGUGAUGACAACAAUAAUAACAAAAACAUUAGAUAUGAAUAUAAAAAACAAUUUUCAUUAUUUAAAUGCAAAUCUUUAAGACCUGUUUGGCUGUUGUUUCCGGGUUUGGGCGGACAAUGGCCUGCAAUGGCUAAGGCUUUAAUGCCAAUCGAUAUCUUCAAAAAUAAAGUCGAAGAAUGUCAUAAAAUAUUACUUGAAUUUAAUGUCAAUUUAAAACAUUGGUUACUCUCUGAAGAUAACACUUCCAUCUCAACAAUGACUGCUAAGUUCUGUACGACAACUGCUAUAGAGUUGGCGUUGUUUGAUGUGAUUAAAGCAUUGGAUAUCAAUGUCGACGGUAUUAUUGGACAUUCAUUUGGUGAGAUAGCCUGUGCUUACGCUGACGGAUGUCUGACCACAAAAGAGGCAAUAAUUGUGUCAUACAUUAGAGGAGCCGUCACUGAAAACGAUAAGAAAAUACCGAAAGGUUUGAUGGCUGUCGUGGGUCUGUCGAAAAACGAAGCAAAGAAAUUGUGUACACAAGGAGUGUAUGUGGUCUGCAAUAAUGCCAAAGAUACUGUUGUCGUAUCUGGCAAACAACAAGAAAUGGAGGAAUUGAUUGAAAAGAUACGAUCUAUGGGUGUAUUUGUUCGCCAAUUGGACAGCAGUGGUAUACCCUAUCAUUCGCCAUAUAUGGAGAGUUCGGUUAAGCCAAUGAUUGAGACAACCAGAAAAUACAUAUUAAAACCACGGCUCAGAUCCAGUCGAUGGUUGUCGACAUCAGUGGUAAACUUAGAACAACAGGACAAUGACAACAACGACAUCUUGAAAUACGCUUCUUCAGAGUAUUUUGCAUAUAAUGUGUUAAAUUCUGUCCAUUUUUAUGAUCGCCUGAAAACACUUCCGACCGAUUCGAUUGUCAUAGAGAUGGGUCCGCAUACGGUAUUCGGCAAAAUAGUUACCGAAACUCUUGAGUCGUCCACUUAUUUGUCGUUUAUGAAGAAAGACUCGAACGACACGAAUUUGGAUCUGUUUUUGUCGUGUUUGGCCAAACUAUACGAAUUGGGAUUAAAUCCGUCUAUCGAUAAGCUCUAUCCGCCUGUCGAGUGGCCAGUGGCCAGAAAUACCCAAUCAAUAGGAUCGCUCAUUCGAUGGGAUCAUUCGCAUCAAUACAUUUGCAGAAAAUAUCCCGAGUUUUAUACCCGAAGCACGGCAUCGGAUAUGAACGUUGCGGUCAACAUACAGAUGCCUGAAGAUUGUUAUUAUGCCGAUCACGCUAUCGACGGCAACAUACUAUUUCCGGCCACCGGCUAUAUAAUGUUAGUUUGGCGACACUUUGCCAGCUAUUGCGGCAAAAUCUGGAACAAAACGGCCGUCCAGUUUGAAAACAUACAAUUCAAACGAUCAGUUUUUCUGUCCGAUACGUCGCCGACCCGAUUGAAAGUCAGAUACUUUCAAAAUAGCCAUGAUUUUGUAAUAUUGGAAAAUGAUAAUGUUUGUUGUUCGGGUAAAGUUAGCCGAUUAACCGAUGAUGGACUAUACGCACAGAAUCUAAUCUAUGAGAAUGAUGAGAACCGGGAGCUAACCGAUGAGUAUAGUUUGUCCAGAGAUGACAUCUACAAAGAGUUACGUAUUGUUGGCUACGAUUACGGACCGGCAUUCAGACGUCUGAAACGGGUUCGGACCAACAAUUUUGUCGAAAUACUCGGUAGUUGCGAAUGGAACGGACUGUUUGUACCGUUUCUCGACUCAGUACUACAGUCGACGGCAUUUGUGUUACCGUUUCGUAAGCUAAUGGUACCCGUAAUGAUCAAAUCGCUUAAAAUCGAUCCGAAACUGUUUUUCGAGGCUAUCGUCAAAAAUCGAUUGACCGUCGAUGAUGACGACCAAGUCGUCAACAAAAUCGCCGACAAAGACUGUCAAGAAGUGGCCAAAUGGAAAUGUCGUCCUAAGGAACUGGAUGUUAACGAACAGACAGCUUAUACGGAUUUAUAUGAACAGACCGAUGAAAUACUUAAACAGAUUUCUGAACGCUUUCAUAAAUACAAAUCGUUGGUAUCGUUUUAUUUUGAUUACGACACGAAAUUGUUGGUCACCUAUGGUAUCGAAAUCUGCGAUCUCAUAGUGUUUCCCAUUACCCGACGAUCAGACAAUCAGGAUCUGGUACUCGAUUCCUAUGAGUUUGUCGCCAAUGAGGACAUGGAUGCCAUCGAACCGUCCCUAAAGCAUACGAUUUCUGAAUAUUUAGAGGUUUGCAAAAUGUUGAUUGUUUUGAUAAAAAAAAUUGAAAAAUAUAGAAAAUCAUUAAACAAUGAAAAUUUUGUAAUUAAAAUUGUUGGAAAAAUAUGGUCAGAAAUUAAGUCCGAACCUGAAUAUGAUUUUGCUAAAGACAUCACUAAUGAGAUCCAUACAAAUGAUUUGUUGUUACGAUCGUUGGUCGAUAUUGUCAAUGAAAAUCUGGUGCCACAAAAAUCCAUAAAUGUUGUUGAAAUUAACUUAACUCAUGGAUUGUUGGCCAAAGAAAUUGAAAAAUUAAUGUCAAACUAUCAUUUCUAUCCAAUUGAUGUCAACUACAAACUAAUUGUCCGAUCGAUGGAUGUAUUGCUAAACGAUUUAUCAUUACAGGACAGAUAUGCUGCCAGUGUUUGGCAGACAAGAGAUAGUGAUUUUCCCACUGAUAUAUCGAUUGCCGAUUUUAUUGUUGCGAGAGAUUCGCAGCAUAUCUACGAUGACAACAACAUAGAUGUCGACAAAUUUAUCAUAAAUUUAAGCGACUAUAUUGUCAGCAAUGGAUUUUUGUUGACAAUUCAUAGAUAUAGGUUUACGGAUACGGAGCUAAUGUUAAACAACAUCGUCAACAACGAUACAGUUAAGAGUGGAAAACUGUUGGACAACACGUUUCUGGAGCAACGGAUCGACCAGUUUAUUACGGCUGCUAAUCGAGCGGGUCUUCGGCUAAUUGGCCGCAAAUACGACACCAUCGGUACUAUGGCUCUACUCUAUCGCAAAACGGCUAGCGAACUGGUCAAUGGCAACCCUGAUUUAUCAAAAGUGAUCAUGGUCGAUUCAUUAGACUAUGAUAAUUGGUUACCAAAAUUGCAAGAAAAUAAAUCAAGUAGUGAUACAGUUUGGCUGAUGGCCAUUGAUUCCUAUAGAAACGGUAUUAUAAGUCUAAUUAAUAGCCUAAGACUGGAACCGGGAGGCAAUUGUUUCAAAUGUAUUAUCGAUUACAAUAUUACGACCGAUAAUAAUGAUAUCAAUUGUUUGGAUUUUUAUCAAAAAUACAAACAUAUUUUGGCCAAUGGUUUGGCUGUUAAUGUCAUCAACAAAUAUGAUGGCAAACAUCAGCCAAAAGUGGGAACUUAUAGACAUCUCAAACUAAACAAAGAUUACGAUAAAAUCAGAUCCAAUGACUACUUCUUGAGUAUCGGUCAGGGAAGAGAUCUGUCAAGUCUUCAAUGGUUUGAUUCUCGAUGUUUGGUGCCGUCCGAUGAAGGAGUCUAUGAUUUUUUAAAUAACCGAAUAAAACAAAUACCGAUCAAUAUAUACAGUUCUGGACUAACAUUUCGUGACGUUAUGUUUGCAACCGGUCGUUUAACAAUAUCAGAGUUGGAAUUAAUUACUGAUUGUUUAAUUGGUUAUGAGUUUGUCGGACGUCGUAUAGACACUGGUGAACGGGUUAUGGGUAUGAGUAUAACCCGAUGUUUUGCUACUAGUGUUCAGGCAAAUAGCAAAUUUAUAACUAGUAUACCGACACACUGGUCAAUGGAUGAUGCGGUCACUAUAUUGACCACAUAUAUCACCGUUUGGUAUGGUUUGAUAUAUAGGGCUGAUUUAAUGAAGAAUGAAAGUAUUUUAAUACAUUCGGGUGCUGGAGGUGUGGGUCAGGCGGCCAUAAAUAUAUGCCAAUACUAUAACUGCGAUAUCUUUGUGACGGUUGGAACUGAAGACAAAAAACAGUUUCUUAUCAAAGAAUAUAAUAUUCCUGAAAACAGAAUAUUCAGUUCAAGAGAUAUAUUGUUUAAGUUAAGGAUAAAACAGUUAACUAAAGGAAAAGGAGUCGAUUUGGUAUUGAAUUCAUUGACCGGUGAAAAAUUGGACGCCAGUUACGAGUGUCUGGCAAAUAGGGGUCGGUUUGUUGAACUGGGAAAGUAUGAUCAAAUGCAAAACAAACAGAUCGGUAUGUUUGACUUUUUGAGAGAUAUAUCAUUCAUUGGUGUCGCUUUCGAUAUGUGUCUGUUUGAGGCUCAGGAUUUUGCCAUCAAUUUCUUUGAAUGGAUGCAUAAAAACUCUUCAAAUGGAUGUAUUAAACCAAUUAAUAGGACUGUAUUUGGAGUUAAUGAAGCGGAAAAGGCAUUCAGGUAUAUGACAACCGGUAAACAUAUCGGAAAAAUUAUUAUUAAGAUUAGAGACGAAGAAUCCGAUAGAAAUGCUGUUAAAGAUAUGAAUCCAUCCAUUGGUUUAUUAGUAACAACUAAGACAUAUUUUAAUCCAAACAAAGUCUAUAUAAUAACGGGUGGUUUGGGUGGUUGUGGUCUUGAAUUAGUUCAUUGGAUGCUAUAUAAGGGGGCAAAAAAGUUUGUCCUAAACUCACGUAAUGGCAUCAAAAAUGAUUAUCAAAAAUAUAUUUUGAAACGUUUAGAAACUUUCGGUAAAAAAUACAAAAUGUUUUCAUCGGAAAUCAUAGUAUCGACGGCUAAUUGUCUGACAAUUGACGGCACAAAACAACUUUUAGGUGAAUCACAACAAUUGGGUAAAACAAUUGGCGGUGUCUUUCAUUUGACACUAUUAUUGAAUGAUCUGUUGCUGGAAAACCAAACAACUGAUACAUUUGGUUCAACUGUUGCCUCAAAAUAUGCAAUAUUUGCUAAUUUGGAUCAAAUGACUCGCAAAUUGGACAUCAAAUUAGAUUAUUUUGUUGUAUUUUCGUCGUUAAUUGCGGGCAAAGGAAACGGCGGUCAAAGUAACUAUGCUUUUGGUAACUCAAUGUGCGAACGAUUAUGCGAACAAAGAUCUGGUGAUGGAUUGAAAGCACUGGCCAUACAAUUUGGUCCGAUCGGUGAUGUGGGCGCCCUGUCUAACAAGGAUCAGGUCGUCCAGAUGUCUAAUAUGAAGAAACAGAGAAUCAAUUCGGUUUUUGAAGUCAUGGAUAGACUACUGGCCGUCGAUAAACUGAUUGUCACUUCAUAUCUAAUAUCUGAACGAAUAAUGCAAUCGGAAAGCCGUCAAAAACGUGUGAUUAAGAAACUUUGGCGAGCAUUGGGCGUCCAUCCGGACAAUACACCCGAUUAUCUAUCACUCGGCGAACUCGGACUGGAGUCGAUGUUUGCCGUCGAAUUGCAACAGGAGUUGGAACGGGAGUAUAAUAUAAAAAUAUCGUUGAAUAACAUCAGGAAUAUAACUGUCCAACACAUCAAACUCUAUGAUUCGGGUCGAGUGGAUGACGUUAGCCGAUACGUCCAGGAGUUUGAAAUGGCCAAAACCAAUCUAUUGAACUUGAAAUUCAUUAUACCGACGGAUAGGACCGUCAAAUUGAAUAACAUUACCGCUGGUCGACCCAUAUAUUUAUUGCCGACCGUCGACGGAUCGUUCAAACAAUUUGAAGCGCUGGCCAAACGAUUUCGUAGGCCAGUUGUCGGUAUCAAUUGGACGCGCGAUUUGGAUGGCAUAGAAUCGGUCAAUGAUAUGACCAAAUAUUUUAUAGACCUAUUGAACACUAUCCACAACAACAACAACAACAAUGAUUUGUUGUACGACAUCGUCGGCUACUUUGACUGUGCAUUCAUUGCCACUAAAAUAGUCCGCAAGACUCGUGGUGUCAAACGAGCCGUUAUUAUUGAUAUACUAUCGGAAACACAGUUCAAUGAGGACGCGGUUACCGAUGAAUUCCUAAUGGAGUUUAUCAUCGGUUUUAUAUCGACUAAUAUCCCGAAAUCGAUUAAGUAUAAGAUCUAUCGUGACAUGAAAUCCGAGCCAACUAUUGAUGCACGUGUUCAGCGCGCGUGCAACGAAAUACGCGAGUUUGCCGGCCACGGUCUGGUGGCCACCGAUUUGGAAGAAAUUUUGCGUAAUUCACUGAAACGGGCAAAACUGUUGACCGAUUAUAGGUCGCAGAAAAUGAAGAAAUUGAUGACACAAACGAAGUCCAAGAAUCUGAUGGAUAAAUGGUCUAAAAGUAGGCAAAAGCUAACAAUAAUCAAACCGUUGUUCAAAGAGUUCAAUAAUAUUGAUGACGAAGAAGUGUUUGUCAACAAAACAAAUCAGUUAUACUUUUUGCCAACAAAUCCGGAAACAAAUAAUUUGACGUUUAAUUUAAUUAAAGUCGACGAACAUUACAUAUCAAUUGCAUCGGAAAAAAUUGAGGUUUUACCCAAUUACCGGUCACCAGAGGGCAGCACAUCUCAACCUACUUGUUCCCAACAGUCCAACACAUGCGCACCGAUACCUAUACCUCAAGUCAUUGCUAUAUAA